GAACUGCUCAGACUACCGCGGGAGCGUUCUUGGAACUGUUAACUGCGCAGGCGCAAGAGCAACCCACCCGGAAGGCGGAAGCAGCGGGUCCCCACAACGCCGGGGGGUCGGGGGCGGAGAGUGUGCUUAACCAAUGACCUGAAGGAGCAGGGAGGGCGGGAUUAGGCCCGCAGUUGCUAAGCGCUACCCUAGUGGGAGGGGAUUUAAGAAAUGGGGUGAAGGGUGGUUCAAUGGCCCUUCGCGUCAUCAUCCUUCUGGCCCUCGGAAGUUAAGCAACGAAGAGGCGGGCCUAGGACCGGAAGCAGGAAGGAGGGCGCAGGAAGCAGGGUGCUGCAGCUCGUCGUGCUGUCGGUCCGUGAGUCUGUCGGUCCCGAGGGCAGGAUGGAGAAACUGCGGCUUCUGAGCCUCCGCUACCAGGAGUACGUGACUCGUCACCCGGCCGCCACGGCGCAGCUGGAGACGGCAGUGCGGGGCCUCAGUUACCUGCUGGCAGGUCGCUUCGCCGAUUCGCACGAGCUGUCAGAGCUGGUGUACUCUGCCUCUAACCUGCUUGUGCUGCUCAAUGAUGGCAUCCUGCGGAAGGAGCUUCGGAAAAAGUUACCUGUGUCGCUGUCCCAGCAGAAGCUGCUGACAUGGCUGAGCGUGCUCGAGUGUGUGGAGGUGUUCAUGGAGAUGGGGGCCGCCAAGGUGUGGGGUGAAGUGGGCCGUUGGCUCGUCAUCGCCCUCAUCCAGCUGGCCAAGGCUGUCCUGCGGAUGCUUCUGCUGAUCUGGUUCAAGGCUGGCCUCCAGACCUCACCCCCCAUCGUUCCGCUGGACAGGAAGACCCAGGCACAGCCCCCGGAUGGUGACCAGAGCGCUGACGGCCAGGAGCAGUCAUACGUGGGGAAGCGGUCGAACCGAGUGGUACGAACCCUCCAGAACACCCCGUCCCUGCACUCGAGGCACUGGGGAGUGCCCCCGCAGCAGGAGGGCCGGCGGCGGCAGCAGCACGAGGAGCUGAGGGUCACCCCCCCCACCCCGCUGGGGCUGCAGGAGACCAUCGCAGAGUCCUUGUAUAUCGCCCGGCCCCUGCUGCACCUCAGUGCUCAGCCUGGGCCUAUGGGGUCAGCGGUCGUGGACACCCUGGCUCCUGUCUGGGGCUGUGGACGUGACCAGGUGAGCCCAGGCCUGCCUGGGGAGUCCGCUCCCUCUGCCGGGCUUCAUGCCGCGGGCCUGUCCUCACCUGAGCAGAUGGGCCCCCCGCCCCGCCCCGUUGCUGGCCCUGACCGCGUCCCCUUCUGCCCCCAGCCUGAGCCUCCUGAGCGACAGGAAGGGCCUGAGCCGGAGGGAGCGGCUGGAGCUGCGGCGCCGGACCAUCUUGCUGCUCUCCUACUUGCUGCGCUCCCCGUUCUACGACCGCUUCUCCGAGGCAAGGAUUCUCUUCCUGCUCCAGCUGCUGGCGGACCACGUCCCGGGCAUUGGCCUGGUUGCAAGGCCUCUCAUGGAUUACUUGCCCACCUGGCAGAAAAUUUAUUUCUACAGCUGGGGCUGACCCAUCCCGGGCGGGGGUGCAGGGAGGGGCAGGGGGUGCCCCGGCCGUUGGGACCCCCAGGGCCCCUUCGCCCUAAUAAAACUGACUCUGGCAGCGUCCCAGCACGUGGCCUCUCCAUGCCCGCCGCCCAGGGCUCCUGGCACUUCCACCUGGCCCACCGAGCACCGCCCCCCCGCUCCCCCCAGAUAUCCUCUCGACUUUUCACCCUCCGGCGAUGGAGCCAUGGCGGCCCGCACCUCGUCCCUGGGCCGAGAAGCCUCCCGUCGGGGUGGGGACCUGGGCUCCUCCGGCCACAGAAAGCUGGGGUCUGGCAUCCUCGAGCGUGGGAAGCGGCUUGCCGUGGCAGCCGCAGAGGUGAACUCAGCUCCUCUGUCACCGGUCCCUGGUGACAACAGACAAGGUCCAACGGGGCAGGGGGAGACCGCUGCCCGUGUGGCCUCUGGCCAGAGCCUCUGUCUGCCCCUUCCCUGCAGGGCCCUGUCCUCCAGCCUGCCAGCCUCUCUGUGACGGAGGCUGGUGAAUGGUGG